CUCAGUUUCUGCACAACUUUCCGAAGUGAAAUUUGCACGAAGAGGGGAAAGGUUUGUGUGCGGAGGCAUCAAGGAAGCUGCUGGAGUCGGAUUUCAAAGAGAUUCCUAGUCUGCAAGAAUAAAUAGGUAUCUUGAAGCGGAAGUGCUAGCUUCGCCUACACUGCAAUUGCGAAAAAAAAUGCGAAACAGAAGUUUGCUCGAAGCGCUCUGCAAGAACAUGUCGUGGGUGCAUGGGGCACAAUCACUAGUGGCCAGCUUCUUCUGCAGAUUGGUGGUUUAUCUGAGGUUCUUUUCGCCACAGCAUUGCCAGGUGCAUGCUAGCCGAGCUCAACCUGCGUGUGUAAGGAAGGUGGGGGGAAAUCAGAAGAUUCUUGAAGCAGAGGACCAGCAUACCAUCAAGGAGUGCAAUUAUGGAAUGAGUGAUGCUGCUUUUAGCAGCUGGCGUGCAGCAGAGUUUCCCCAAUUGCAAGGCGCUGUCUAUGUUGAUCAUGCCGGCGCCACACUUUACUCAAAGUCUCAACUUCAAGCUACAACCGAAGAGCUUGGGGGGCACCUGUUUGGGAAUCCUCAUUCGCAGUCUGACGGAAGCACCCGCUCAUCUACCAUCAUUGAAGCUGCUCGAUCAAGGGUUCUGUCCUUCUUCAACACCUCCUCAGCAGAGUACACGUGCAUAUUCACGGCAGGGGCAACAGGCGCCCUCAAGCUCUUAGGCGAAGUCUUUCCUUGGAGCAGCGAGAGCGAGUUUUGUUAUACUGUUGAGAACCACAACAGCGCCCUGGGUAUCCGCGAAUACGCGCUUGAGAAAGGAGCUGUGGUCUGCCCUGUAGACUUUGAGACGAGCAUAGGUGGAGAUUCAGAAGAUGACGGGGGCAGGAAAUGGUCAGUAAAGAGACGGGAGCCACUGAUCAGACCGCAGUUGAAGCAUGAUCCGCCUGGUAGUUCCAUUGAGCAUCCCCCUCAAGAUGAGGUCUUCCACCUGUUUGCCUGUCCAGCAGAGUGCAACUUCUCUGGUGCCAAGCUCAAUCUCAGCCAAGUAGAGGAGAUCCAGAAGGGGCAAUGGUCUGGCAAAAGGGGCCAUUGGAAGGUGCUUCUAGAUGCCGCCAAGGCUUGUGGAACAGCCCCACCAGAUCUUUCCAUCCAUCAGCCGGAAUUUGUGGCUGUGUCCUUUUACAAGAUUUUUGGCUACCCGACAGGGCUAGGGGCCCUUUUAGUUCGAAGCGAUGCCGGUCAAAUCCUGCAGAAGCGGUACUUCAGCGGAGGUACUGUUGCUGUUUCGAUUGCUGACAAGGAUUACAUGAGGAGGCGAGAGCGACUUGAGGAGUGGCUGGAAGAUGGCACAGCCUCGUUCUUAGGCGUGGCUGCACUUCGGCACGGGUUUGACGCUGUCAAAAAGCUGGGGAUGGACAAUAUCAGAAAGCACACGGCCGCCCUGACGCAGUUCACGGCUCGUGAACUGCUCAGCCUGCGGCACAGUAACGGACGCAAAGCGUGCGUGCUUUACGGAAACCAUGCUGCCAACGACGGCCAAAACCAGGGCCCGAUCAUCGCCUUCAACCUGGUGCGGCCAGACGGCAGCUGGGUUGGUUACAGGGAGGUGGAAAAGUUGGCGGGGUUGAGGGAUAUUCAGCUAAGGACCGGGUGCUUCUGCAACCCUGGAGCCUGCGCCAAGUACCUGGGCCUCACUUCGACGGAGAUGGAAGCCAACUACGAGGCUGGGCACGUGUGCUGGGACGAUCAGGACCUCAUUGACGGCCGCCCGACGGGCGCAAUCCGCAUUUCCUUUGGCUACAUGACUACCGUUGAAGACGCCCGCGCCGUUCUCCGCUUCGUUCGCGACUACUUUGUGGUGACAGAACCGGAACCGCUGAGCGAGCGGAACGGUGUUGCCGAGUCGAGGGCGAAGGAUACAGAUUGCGCUAGGGAGCCGAUGGUCCUGGAAAAGAUCCUCCUGUACCCGAUCAAGUCGUGUGGAGGCUUCGCUCCGGACGCUUGGCCCAUUGGGCCCAACGGCCUGCUGUACGAUCGAGAGUGGUUGCUGGUCGACUCCGGAGGAAACGGGUUGACGCAGAAGAAGGUACCCGCUCUAUGCACGCUGCAAGCCUCGAUCGACCUAGAAGCGGGCCACCUCCGUGUGACGUCACGUGCCAUGCAAGAUGCGCUACUUGUUCCACUGCACUCGCGCCCAAGGGCGACACUCGACGGAACCGUACAAGUUUGUGGAGACCGGCCCGGCGCGGAUGCGUACGGUCCUGAGAUUUCCUCCUGGUUCUCGGACGCUUUGGGCAUCCCUUGUACCCUAGUCAGACAACAGCCCAGAUCCCGCACUGUACAUAGACAAACACCUCAUAAGCUCAAGCAACAAUCCGAAAUAGCCAGCCCGCAUCACACGUCUGCAGCGCAGACAAACGAGAAUAGAAAGGUAAAUACUACAGCAGACGAGCAGCUAGACAGCAGUUUAGGGUUCGCGAACGAGGGGCAGUUUCUGCUCGUGAACACGGCGAGCGUGGAAGAGCUCAACCGGCGAAUGGUAGAAACGGACGGACGGUCGGGGGAUAAAAAGAAAGGUAGUCGGGGUUUGGAGGUUUUGGAGCCGGAGAGGUUCCGGCCGAACCUCGUCGUCCGGGGUCUGGAACCGUUCGAGGAGGACACGUGGCAGCAGGUCCGGAUCGCCGGUCAGCAAUUCGGGGUCAUUGGCGGCUGCAGCCGAUGUUCAAUGAUCACGGUCGACCAGAAGACGGGCGAGAAGGGCGGCAACGAGCCCCUCCUGGCGCUGGCAUCCUUCCGUCGCAAUAAGGGAAAGCUCCUCUUCGGCAUCUUGCUCAACCACGAACCAGGGAGGAGUCAAGGAGACGUUGAGAAUCCCAAGCCAGGGCGCGGGAAGGGUUUGGGCCAUCGAGACUGGCUUCGAAAGAGGUGGCCGAACGUGCUUCGAUGUGGGAGCGAGUUGUCAGCCAGCUCUUAAGUUCGUCAGCAAGGAUCAAACAGCGAUCGUCCUGCCUGCACAUAGAUAACUCUUGGGGUCAGCUGACCAGUCUGAGUACAUUGAAGCAAUUGGUGAUUGAUCGAACGCUUGCUUGAAGGAUUUAUUAUAUUGGUCUGCUUUACCAGGUAUCUGGUAAUCGAUAGAGGCAUAUCUGAUGCCAG